GAAAACCCUUGAACUCCAGUGCGCAAAGAAACCAAGCAUUAGAACCUAUCGUAUGCAUGGUAAAGCCCAUCGUAUGCACGGGAGCAAAGUCGACUUGCGCAAGACCGCCGGAAGAUGUGGAAAAGAACAUGCAAGAAGAGACGCUCACAAAAACAGGGACAACCGAGACCGCAAAACCAACAAAUCCAUGAGCCGCCGCGAGCAAAUGCCAAACCGAAAACCCUUUCCCAACCCGCAAAAAUGCAUGACAAGACGUUCCUCCUAAUUCCGAAUCCGGGAGAAACGUCGAAAAUGAUAACGGUGUCCGGGUGAUGAUUCUCACAUCAAUGGUGAAUCACACUCAGUAAAGAGGUAACCUAACCUCACAAUCUCCGCCCUUGAUGAUUUCCUUGGCAGCCAAGCACUUUGAACAAACCAAGGAGUGUCAUCGGCGAAGAACACGAAUCGUUGUAACCGUAUUAAAGGUAAAAUCUCCCCAUC